CAUCGAUCAACUGUUUAGUCUGACAUUAGACGGGUCACAUUCAACCAGACCCUCGAUUCAAGUGUUUUGUAUUUUGUUCAUCAUAAAUUAUGAUACCUUUAUUAUUUCUUUAUUUUAUAGCAACGCUAAAAGUUUUUAAAAAAACUACGCCAAAUGGAAAAGUCACUGUAUACAUCGGUAAACGAGAUUUCAUUGACCACUUAGACAGUGUAGAUCCUAUUGACGGAGUUGUCGUAGUCGAAAAUGACUAUUUACAAGGACGAAAAGUUUUUGGAAUGGUUUCCACGACUUAUAGGUACGGUCGAGAUGAAGAUGAGGUAAUGGGUGUAAAAUUCAGUAAAGAAAUGGUGUUGGCGUGUAAUCAAAUCGUCCCACCAAUAAAAGAUGUCACAGAAUUAAGCCCUAUUCAAAAAAAAUUAGUGAAAAAAUUUGGUAACUCUAAUGCAUUUCCAUUUGUGUUCAAUUUCCCUCCAAACUCCCCAUCUUCGGUGACCCUGCAGCCGGGUGACGACGAUAGUGGAAAACCUCUAGGAGUUGAAUACAGUAUCCGAACUUAUGUGUCGGACAGAGAAGAUGAUAAAGGAAAUCAAAGAUCGUCCGUCGUCCUAGCUAUUAAAAAGUUACAAUACGCUCCAUCAACAAGAGGUCAAAGACUACCAAGUUCACUAAUUAGCAAAGGAUUCACGUUUUCUCAUGGAAAAAUUAGUUUGGAAGUCACACUAGACAGAGAAAUUUACUAUCACGGGGAAAAAGUUAUUGCCACGCUAAUCAUAAGUAACAGCUCGAGAAAAUCCGUAAAAAACAUUAAGGUGUAUGUUGUUCAACACACCGAAAUUACCAUGGUCAACGCGCAGUUUUCUAAAUUUGUCGCCAGUUUGGAAACCCGAGAAGGUUGUCCCAUAACACCGGGAGCCGCGUUUACUAAACAAUUCUAUCUAGUCCCACUGGCGUCCAGCAAUAAAGACAGGAGAGGCAUUGCAUUAGACGGACAUCUUAAGGACGACGACGUAAAUUUGGCAUCGUCUACACUGAUAUCGGGAGGUAAGGGUCCUAGUGAUCAAACUGGUAUAGUCAUUUCAUAUUCGGUCAGAGUAAAGUUGAACUGUGGUACUCUGGGUGGUGAACUCGUGACUGACGUACCAUUCAAACUUAUGCACCCGAAUCCAACAUCCGAAGACUGGACUGCGCCGCCCAAGCAACCACAAAAAGGAGUAUUGAAGAAGACCAAGAGCUCGGACAGAAUGAAGUACCAAAAAAGCUUUGGAGACGACGACGAGGACAAUAUUGUGUUUGAAGACUUUGCAAGACUUAGGUUGGCUGACGAAUAAAUAAAAACAAUUUUGAAAAUUGGAAAUUGUAUAAUAUCUAAAAAUUGUUUUGAAUUAAUGUGUUCUUUGCUUAACUCGCAUUGGUAGGAAAACCGGGGUAUGUUUAAACUCAAAAUUAUUACUUUUAUUAUUGCAAGAUUAUAAUAAAUCAGUUCAUCGCCGUCUUCUAUAUAAUAUACAAUAUAUAAUAUGUACUCGAUAUUUAAACUACAUUCCGAUAGCGUGCUAAUAUAACCUGAAAUACUGGAUUCGAUUCCCAGCCGAAUAUCCCUCAGAACAAUGACGUCAAACGAUAUUAGGGAGAAUAUGUCAUCGGCAAUAACCAUUACCGACGAUCCGGAACCGGAAUAUUCAGUACUGGUUCGAUUUCCGUUUUUCACACCUUUGACCCUUCGUAGCUAAUAUUCACAUACAUAUCCUGUUUGACCGAUACCCCACACGACUACACGAGGGAUUCAAUAUCGCAUGCAUGUAAGUUUGGUAUUAUAGAUGUUUUUAAUUCAGAAUAGGAUGCUCUAUAUUACUUCCGAUUUAGAAAAAAAAAUGAAUACUCGUCAAACAUGUUUAUGUAACCUAUACACUAUACAAUGUAAUAUAAUAACUGUUAUCGACGGGUAAUAGAAUAUAACCAGAGUAAAUAUCCCUUCUUUAUAAUAUAAUAAAAAAUCGUACUUAUUAUUUGCCUAAAAAACAGAAUAUAUUAGUUGGUAUUACUGUAUUAGUAAUUAUUAAUAUUAUUUAAAGUGAAGGUAUUAUAUAAAAUCCCGUAGUAUGUGUUUAAUUUAUGUUAAUAUUUAUAAUGUACAUACAUAACAUAAAUUUAAAAAGUAUAACACAAUAUUGAUAUAAUAUAUAAUUACCUAUGUAAAAUGUUAUAAAGAAUUAAAUGUAUUAUGUCAAAAAUCAUUAAAAUAUUAAUGUAAAA